AUGGCGGAAGCAUUCGGUAUAGCUGGCAGCGCGUUCGGCACUGUCUCUCUGGGCUUGCAAUUAUUCAAAGAAAUUUCGCAAUAUCUCGAUGACAUUGACGGCCGUGAAGAAGAUCUAAAACAAGCACGCAACUUCGCAACGAACAUCCAAGUUUCCAUAAAUGCUCUUGAUGUGGCGAUAUCUAACGCGCCUACUGACGAUCCCACGACAAACAGUGCAAUUGGGUCAUGCAGAGACUCUUGCGUGUCCGCGGUAAACAAUUUGUUGGCACUUGUGAAAGAGCUCAGAGGUCCAAUAAUAUCUAUACCGAACAGUAACGCUGCCAGGGCCAAAGGGCUUUGCGCCAAAUUGAAGUACCCUUUCAAGAAGCAGAGCAUAGAAAAGCUCGAGGAGAAUCUUUCGCGGACAAACAGUGCUCUGCAAACCAUGUUGCAAGUAUUUCAGCUCAACACUGGCCGUACAACGACCUCUGCUAUUAAAAGCAUGCACCAGACCGUUGCCGACGUCAACGUAAUAUUGGACAAGAACGAAACAACUCUGGAUGAAAUGCACAAGACAUCGCAGCUUCAUGAUAACAGACUUAGUGCUAUCCAACGAGACGUUAGAGAUCUUUUGAUCCUCACACGAGACUCCGAUGAUUCAAAGCUCUUACUGAGACCGAUGGCCGAGCAGAUGUCGGACCUCACCUCUCACACUAGUGUCGCUCCCAAAUUGCUGCAGGAUCCAGCAUCUGAUACAUUUACACCCAGUAUACAAACGACCAGUUACCAGGGUGGCGGGAGCAUGACAUUUGAUGCUUUUUGUUCUUGCAAAACGCAGCGAAUACGAUAUAGUCAACGCCAAUGGGGACCUUUCCUUCUCGAAGCUGAAGUUAGAUCAAGAGACCAUCAUGCGCCCGAAUGUCCAAUGUCAAAGCUCCCUGCAUCAACCUGUCGAACUAAGCGAGUCUUGAGCCUCUUGACCCCCUCAAGUCAAAGGUUAUGGGGACGUGCUGGUAGAGUCUCGUUGUCGUUCACGACAGGUGCAGGCAUAUUAGGGAUUGGCCAAACAGUGGCCUGGAUUGCGACAGUGGAUGAGAGAGUAUCCCCAGUGUUUCGAUUAGCGGAUACAAUCGCUUCCUAUCAAGGUUUGCCCCGCAAGGACAUGCACAUGCUGUUGGCUUCAGGCUUCAGACGACUUGUCUGGUGUUAUGCCAACUCCCAUGCUUCUGUAACCGAUGUCAAUGAAGACGGUGAAACAAUACUCGAGUCGGCGCUACACAGGUAUACUUUACCCGCCUGGCAUGAUGCCCUCUCGGCCGAUAACAUGGCAGAACUAUAUAAGAUGCUUACUAUCAUUGCUGAGCCAACUUCCUGUACACGCAAGAUCACAGCUAAACCCAUUCCUGCUAUAAUAGCUACCAGUAGCUGGUUUUACAAAUGUACGAGGCCUGAUGAAGUCGCAACGACUAUCUUAUCGAAAUACAGGGAACCGCUAGGACAUCAUCCUCACGAUUGGGGUCUAUCGUGGUGGCGGGAUAAAGACCAUGUAGGUGAUGGAUAUAGACUCUUCCAAGCUUUUCCACAAGUUGUCGAAAAUCUAGAGUUUGGCCCCCUGACUCAGGCUGUUAUUAAACAAGAUCGAAAUGGAGUCCAACGGUUAUUGGAGAGAUGCCCAUCCUACAUCAACGAAGCCAAUUACUGCGGCCAGUCCCCGGUUCAUCUUGCCAUUGAAACGCAAAAUAUCGCUGUUAUAAGUGUUGUGCUUCACUAUGCAGACGCUAAAGCUCUUCGCGCUAGAGAUAACAGAGGCUAUUAUCCCAUCGACUAUGUGACAAAAAGAUUUUGGAAGCGUACCAAAGAGCCUCAAGCAGAUUGCGAAGGGUGCAAAGUGCUUGAAAUGCUUCUUCGAUUAGAUACGCCGCUUCUUCUGACCUCGUUACGUGUCAGCUUAAGAUCAUUAGAAUAUGGUAGUCACAGCUGCAUACACGGCCGUAAGACUAUAAUCAGAGGUCUAGUAGAAAGGAGAGAAGAUUUGAAGGAACUCUCGUAUCGGAAGCUUUCACCAGAUGAAAGGGAAGGUCUAGAAAUUCAUCAGACAAGGAUCCUGGACCGAAAUGCUGCACAGGUGCAACACCAACUCGAGGCUCAAGGUUGCCCCAUGCCAACACGCCUCAGUGUAUACACAGAGGAUAUUGGAUCAUCAUACUACCAUGAAUCAGUUUACUCUAUUAUUACGAACGGCGAAGUCGCAGAGUAUGCUCACCAGUUAGGUUUUUAUUACUCGGACAACGAAUUUGCAGACUUCAUCUGCAUCUUAGUCAAAUCUUCUUCAUAUUUCCGCUGGAUCAAUCCAUUUUCUUCUUCAUAUCUCUGCUGGAUGAUUGAUCAUGGUACUAGUAUCUCAUCAAGAAUUCCUGUCAGACAACCACCCAGCCCGGAGAUAGAAGCGACGGCGGCUCACUAUUUUAUGGCUAGCUUGGGAAUAUCGGACAGCCUUGGACAAAACCUGACCCUGGACUCUCCCUUGACAAUAGUAGCUAUCAAGGUUGUUUUUUCAGAAACCGUUGUCGACGGUUGUCGCUGCUGGUGCUCUCCAGGGGGGUGCACCCCUCUGAUGAAGCUCUUGGAGGGGAUAUCUGGGCGGAACAGGAUUGUAUUCGGAUCACAGCAAUCUCUUUCCCGAGAAACAGAACGUUUAAUAAACGGUUUAUUAUCAGCACAUUGGGGUCAGAUUAGCGACUGCCAAUGGAUCUAUGCGGCCAUUAUUCGAUACUAUACGUUUGUGACGCUGGGUCUGCGUCACGUUUGCUGCUCCAUCAUUAAGAAGAUUUCGGGUCCUUUGCCAGAAGAGGAGCUCCAGGAGAUUGAAGAGGAAGAUUCUUCCCUACUUGGAUUGUUUGAAAGUCUCGUUACAGAGUUCGAAGACGGCCGUUGCCACGACAUGAGCCUAGAGGAGUUCUUCGAAUGGAUGCACAUGAACUGGGCUCCAAGAAUGCAGGAGGUUAGGGAGGAACUUGCUUCUAAAAGGCUUACGGAUCAGGAACUGCGAGAUGCCGAAUCGAUUGGGGUGGUUUGGGAGGUCCAUGGGCCUCAGCCAAUGAGAAAAAGACCAGACUUGCCUAGAUGGGGUCAAGGUGGCUUAUGGAAUGCUAUGGAUCAACUGGACCAGAUUGCUACAGAUCCAGAGAGGCCUACGAAGGAAAGUCUACAGACCCAGACUUGA